AUGCUUGUCCCUAGAUUAAUACAAAUCAUAUUUAAUAGAUUUCCAUUGAAAGAAUAUGGACCACAGCAAGAGGUAGAUAUUAAUCUAGUGAAUAAGAUUGAACAACAUAGAUAUCGAUUAAUACCAAAAACAAACUUCGACAAUAAGGCAAUUAAUGCUAAUGAAGCUAAGUGUGAAAUAGGCUGUUACAAAGUGUUCAAAUAUACUGUAGCUGGCAAUAAGAAUGGUGUUGAAAGUGUUUUUUUACCAAAUGAUCCUAUAUGCCUCUAUCUAUUAUUACAGUUUUGCUAUAAAAAUAACUUAAAUUUAGCUACUGAUGAUAAAAACAUUGAUUUUUCAACCAAUAAUAACUUCCUUCGAUUUUCAUUGGUUGAAUUAAGUUACCAUGCGUCUACCGAAAAACAAUUGCCCAUAAUGAUUGAACAAUUUGAAUCUAAUGAUAAUACCAGUGUUACUUUUAUUAGAGAAUACAAUAGCAUAAAAGACAUACUAAGUAAUAAAGAAUUAAGCACUUGUAAAGAAAAAAAUGAUAUUUUUUUGAUGGAAUUAUUAGAUGUUGUAUUGUAUGAUUUUUUCAUUACACUUAAUUGUGUGAAUAAUGAUGGUUUAUUAGUUAAAAAUUACGUUUAUGAUGAUAAUAAGAGUUUUAAUAAUUUGAAUUUGUUGAAAGAUAGUUUAAUGCGUAGAAAUAAUUAUUACUUGAGGAAUGGUAGUAACAAUACUGACAUUGGAUGUUUAAUCGUGAAUAUUAAAGAGGUUUUAUUACAGUUUGAAGAAUAUAUGGUGAAGCGUAAUAUUAAUAAUGAUGGGGAUGAUUUAAAUAUAGAAAUGAAAUUAAGUAGUUACAUUAUUACAUUAUUGUAUUCUUUAGAGAUUAUUAUUUCAAAUGAAAAACAGAGUGAACAGUUUAUUGAACUUGAUAAAUUUAUUAGAUUUGAGUGCCCAAAUUUAGUUGAGCUUUGUAAUAAAGUUAUUUUGUCGUUUAUGGAUUGA